AUUUCUGCCCCCUCUCUCUCCACCUCACCUCAGAAACCCUAGCGCAUUUGCUCUCUGUUUAUCAUCAAUCGAUGAAGUGUGCUUAUUUCAGCAGUUCGAGCUCGUUCAAUGUCGGUUCAAAAUCCGAUUUCCUAUGUCAAUUUUCGCCUUUUACCAGUAGUAGCUCCGGUAGCAAUGCGAUUAACUCAAACGAGAGGCGUAUGCUCGCCGUCGGAAUUUCGAGGAUGAUCAAACUGGAGGAGAGAGACCUCCUCAUUCGGGUGUCUAGAGGUUUUUCUCCAAUUGCCAUUGCGGAAAUCAUGGUUUCGCUUCACGAGCGGGAGGUUGCAUUUGCAUUUUUCAAAUAUGCUUUUCGUGAUCACUCGGACUUCCUAGUCAGGUGUUAUUGCGUCGUCGUGCAUUCGUUAGUAGCGAAAGAUUUUAGGCGAUUAGCUCAGGAUGUGCUUACAUGGAUGAUACGGGGAAUAGGAGAGGAGAGGAGCUAUGUUCUUGUAUGGAGAGAAAUCUUUAGCACUGCAAUGGACUUUUAUAUUCUCGAUGCACUAAUGCGCUCUUUUACGAAUGCAGAGAUGGCAUCUUGUGCCCUGGAGGUUUUGGAUAGGAUGAGAGGAGUUGGUGGUAGGCCGAGUUUAUCAGCUAUUUGUUGUUUGAUAAAGUUGUUACUACGGUUUGGUGAUUAUAGCAGUGUGUGGAUGCUGUUCAAAGAUAUGAUUUUUAAAGGACCCUUCCCUUCGAAUUAUGUUUACAAUAUGAUGAUUCUUGGAUUUUGUAGGAGAGGCUGCAUUCGGAUUGCAGAAAGUUUGUUGUAUGUCAUGAGGAAGUUUGGGUGUGAGCCAGAUGUAUAUACAUAUAAUAUUUUGAUCAAUGCAUAUUGUGUAAGGGGUUGGACUUGGGAAGCAUUCAGUUGGGUGCAUUUGAUGUUCGAAAGUGGCUGCACUCCAAGCUUUGCUACAUUUUGCACGUUUAUCAAUGCUUUUUGCAAGGAGGGUAAUAUUGCUGAAGCAAAUAAAAUCUUUCAUUGGAUGCAAGAAUUGGGUGUGUCUCCAAACACUGUAUUGUAUAAUGCCUUGAUGGAUGGCUAUGUCAAGGCAAGAGAAAUUGGUAUGGCAAAUGUGCUUUAUGAAGAAAUGAGAAGCAGGGGUGUUGCACCUGAUGGUGUGACUUUUAACAUCUUAGCUGCUGGUAAUGAAAAGUACGGCAACGAGCAGGAUGGGAACAGGUUGCUAAGGAGCUUUUCAGUGAUGGGAUCGGUUCAAGAUUCUUCAUUGCCUGAUAUACAUAUUGGAGGACUGUGUUGGGCAGGUAGAUUGGAUGAAGCUUUUGAACUAUUGGGGUUCAUGCUCGAGAAAGGAAUCUCUAUUAGUGUAAUUUCAUUUAACUCGUUAAUUCUUGCCUACAGCAAAGCAGGUUUAGAAGACAAGGCUUUUGAAGUCUACAACUUUAUGGUGAAAGUUGGCUUCACCCCCUCAGCUCCCACGUAUACUUCACUUCUCUUAGGAUUAUCUAAGAUCGGAAGGCUUCAAGAAGCCAAGUCGCUCAUACAGAAGAUGAUACAAAAUGGUUAUCCCAUCAGUAGAGCAGCUUUCACAGUGGUUCUGGAUGGGUAUAUUAAGAAAGGAGACAUGAUGGGAGCUCACGGUCUUUGGGAUGAAAUGGAGAUGCUCGGGAUGGCUCCAGAUGUUGUUGCUGUUUCUGCUUUCAUUCAAGGCCUUUCCAAGGGGGGUUUUGUUCAACAGGCAUACGAUAUGUAUUUGAAAAUGUUAAGCAAAGGGCUUGUGCCUAACAACUUUGUUUACAAUUCCUUAAUUUCCGGCUUUUGCAACUGCGGAGAACUAGAUGAGGCAUUAAGGCUGGAAUUGGAGAUGAGGAAUAGGGGUUUACUCCCUGACGUGAUCACAUUCAAUAUUAUUAUCAAAGGUUUCUGCAAACAAGGAAGGAUGAAAUCUGCCAUGGCCACCUACCUGGAUAUGCUAAGAUGUGGAUGGACCCCAGAUAAUGUGACUUACAACACUUUGAUUAGUGGAUACUGCAAGCAACUUGACAUGUUAAAUGCGGAAAAUUUGGCAAAUACAAUGCAAAAUAGUGGCUGGGGUCCAGAUAUUACAACUUACAACAUACAGAUUCAUGGUUAUUGCAGAAGCCGAAGGAUGAAUAGAGCUAUAAUGAUGCUUGAUGAGCUAGUUUCUGCUGGAAUAGUUCCAGAUACAGUUACCUACAACACUCUGUUGAGUGGUGUCUGCCAUGAUAUACUAGAUCAUGCAAUGAUUUUGACAGGAAAAUUGCUGAAGAUGGGUUUUGUUCCAGAUUUAGUUACGACUAACUUACUGUUGUCUAAUUUACGCAAGCAUGGUUUACCGCACAGGGCAGCAAUGUGGGCGCAGAAGUUGAGUGAGAUAUCUUUUGAGUUUGAUGAGAUAACACAUAAGAUAUUGGAUAGAGCAUAUAAUGAUUUAGAAGAUGUUGAAUCUACAAAAGAAAUAACAGGGAAGAGUCUCUUUUUGGACCUCCUCAUGUACAUGACUUAUGACUUCAUAUACAGAAACAAGGUUAUUCAGAAAAUGAGUUCUAACCCCAUUGGGUUUACUGAUUAUCUGUCCAGCAUGAAUGUGGAAGCUGUCUGCAGAUAAGUUAAUGAAAUUAUUGCUUCAUGGUUUUUGGUGGCCAACCAGAAUAUUUCUGAUGAGGACCAGCCUGAUUUUUCCCUUGCACCAGUAUUUAGAAGUCUGAACACAUGAUUUCUGGGUGUGCAUCUAGGUUUCCUUGAUGAGGAAAUGGCCAAGUCUUUCUUCGCCGGCUUGCUUACUAUGUCAUUUUGAAACGUAAAAUGAGGUGAGUUUUCUUCACUGAAAAUGUAUCAUGAUUUGUGAUCUUGAUAUAGGAAGGAAAUCUGUCCCAGCAUCCAUACGGGCUUGAAGAAGAUAGAAUCCUCACAUGGGAGGUUUGGAGUGCUGCUACUCUUUUCCUUGGAUCAUUCUACCAAGCUAGAUCAGUUUUCCAGUACCCAAAAUUCGCAUGGGAUGAAGUUAGCAGUAGGCUACAAAGACUAACGUACUUAAGCUCGAUAGAAAGAGCUCCCGUUAAUGAGUAUGUAAACUAUUUUCAUCUUUGCCAUUGUUUUCGGACUCACAUGUUACUGGUGUUCAAGUAUAUAUCCACCCCCUACAGUUCGAAUUACCUUGUUCUUCAAUGUAGUAGGCAAGCAGGCAAAAUGUAAAUAGCAGCAUUCAAAGAAUUAUAGAUAGAAUCAGAAAGGUGUACUCAUGUCCCUCAGCAUCAGAAAACUUGAUGCAACAUUUUGGCUAUUUUAAGAUGUACUAAUAUUUUGUGGAA